GGAGGCGGGUGUGCUCUCCGUGGCCCCGCUGCCUCCGUGAUGAUGCCGUCCUAGCGAGGGAUGAUGACAGGCAGAAGAGGAGGAGGAGGAGGGGGGCAGAGCCGCCGCCGCUGCUGGGAGCCCUGUCUCUUGCUCGCCUCGCCGGCAGUUCCCGGCUCCCGCUGCCGGGCUGCGCAUCGCGCCGCCUUGCCGACGGGCGGCGGGGUGGCCGUGGGUUUGUGGUGAGGGGCUUGUCCUCUCCAGGUGCUCUGUCCCCCGCCGAGCAGGGCUUGUGUCUCCUUCCUCCUCCUCCUGCCUCCUUCCCCGCCGCGCACGCUGCCGGACGAGGCCGGCCGGGAGCGGGAGCAGCGGCGGCCGCCGCCGCCUAAGGGGACCCUGACCAUGUCGAGCAAGAGCAGGAAGAGCAAGGAGCAGGGGAGAGUGACCUUCCCCCCGCAGCAGGAGGAGGAGGAGGAAGGGGCAGAGGAAGAGGAGCAGCAGCGCCGGCGCCGCGGCUGGAGAGGCGUCAAUGGGGGGCCGGAGCCCCCUCCGCCGCCGCAAAGAGCUGUCAAAACCCUCCGGGAGCCCUACGGAUACUACCCGCCCCCCCCUUUUGCCAGCACCAUGUACAUCGAAGAGAGCCCAUCCCUGAGGCGUAUGACCAUGAUGAGGGAGAAGGGAAGGCGACAGGCCAUCCGGGGCCCGGCCUUCAUGUUCAACAACAGGGGCACGAGCCUGACGGCCGAGGAGGAGCGAUUCCUGGACGCUGCCGAGUACGGGAACAUCCCCGUGGUGCGCAAGAUGCUGGAGGAGUCAAAGACACUGAAUGUCAAUUGCGUUGACUACAUGGGCCAAAACGCCUUGCAGCUUGCUGUGGGGAAUGAACAUUUGGAAGUGACAGAACUUCUGUUAAAAAAAGAGAACUUGGCACGGAUUGGAGAUGCCCUGCUGCUCGCAAUCAGCAAGGGUUACAUUAGGAUAGUGGAAGCAAUUUUGAAUCAUCCUGGGUUUUCAGUAAAUAAGCGACUGACUCUGAGCCCUUGUGAGCAGGAGCUCCAGGAUGAUGAUUUUUAUUCCUAUGACGAAGACGGUACCCGCUUUUCUCCAGACAUCACUCCCAUCAUUUUAGCCGCCCACUGCCAAAAAUACGAAGUAGUGCACAUGCUGUUGAUGAAAGGAGCGAGGAUAGAAAGACCUCAUGAUUAUUUCUGCAAAUGUAAUGACUGUACAGAGAAGCAAAAACAUGAUUCUUUCAGUCACUCUAGGUCAAGAAUAAAUGCGUACAAAGGACUGGCCAGUCCGGCUUAUCUGUCCCUCUCCAGUGAAGAUCCAGUGCUCACUGCUCUUGAACUCAGCAAUGAACUUGCCAAGUUGGCCAACAUUGAAAAAGAAUUCAAAAACGACUAUCGCAAGCUGUCCAUGCAGUGCAAGGACUUCGUGGUUGGUGUCCUGGAUCUGUGCCGGGACUCGGAAGAGGUGGAGGCCAUUCUGAACGGGGAUGUGAACGCAGAGCCGCUGGAAGCGCAGAGGCACCGGGCGUCCCUGAGCCGCGUCAAGCUGGCCAUUAAGUACGAGGUCAAAAAGUUUGUGGCCCAUCCAAACUGUCAGCAACAGCUACUGACAAUCUGGUAUGAAAAUCUCUCAGGAUUACGGGAGCAGACCAUAGCUAUCAAGUGUCUGGUGGUGCUGGUUGUGGCACUGGGCCUUCCCUUUCUAGCCAUUGGUUAUUGGAUUGCACCAUGUAGCAGGCUUGGAAGAAUUCUUCGAAGCCCAUUUAUGAAAUUUGUGGCACAUGCAGCAUCCUUCAUUAUUUUCCUAGGCCUGCUGGUGUUCAAUGCUUCAGACAGAUUUGAGGGCAUAACGACACUGCCGAAUGUCACUGUUACUGAUUACCCCAAGCAGAUCUUUAGGGUGAAGACCACCCAGUUCACCUGGACAGAAAUGCUGAUCAUGGUGUGGGUUCUUGGUAUGAUGUGGUCAGAAUGCAAAGAGCUGUGGCUGGAAGGACCCAGGGAAUACAUCUUGCAGUUAUGGAAUGUUCUGGAUUUCGGAAUGCUGUCCAUUUUUAUUGCUGCUUUCACAGCCAGACUCCUGGCAUUCCUUCAGGCCACAAAAGCACAACAGUAUGUGGACAACUACAUUGAGGAGAAUGACCUCUCUGAGGUCACACUUCCUCCAGAAAUUGAAUAUUUUACUUAUGCUAGAGAUAAAUGGCUCCCAUCUGAUCCUCAGAUAAUAUCUGAAGGCCUUUAUGCAAUUGCUGUUGUUCUCAGCUUUUCUCGGAUCGCCUAUAUCCUGCCUGCAAAUGAGAGUUUUGGGCCCUUGCAGAUCUCUCUUGGAAGGACUGUUAAGGACAUCUUCAAGUUUAUGGUCCUUUUUAUUAUGGUAUUUCUUGCAUUUAUGAUUGGAAUGUUCAUACUGUACUCCUACUACCUUGGAGCUAAACUAAACCCAGCCUUUACAACAGUGGAAGAAAGUUUCAAGACCUUAUUUUGGUCAAUAUUUGGCUUGUCUGAAGUAACCUCUGUUGUCCUCAAAUACGAUCACAAGUUCAUUGAGAACAUUGGUUAUGUUCUUUAUGGCAUAUACAACGUCACAAUGGUGGUGGUUCUGCUCAACAUGCUGAUUGCUAUGAUCAACAGUUCAUAUCAAGAAAUUGAGGAUGACAGUGAUGUAGAGUGGAAGUUUGCUCGUUCUAAACUUUGGCUGUCAUAUUUUGAUGAUGGAAAAACAUUACCUCCCCCCUUCAGUCUUGUACCAAGCCCCAAAUCUUUCUUCUAUUUCAUCAUGAGGAUCAUUAACUUUUCUAAGUGCAGGAGGAGACGGCUACAGAAGGACAUUGAAAUGGGAAUGGGCAAUUCCAAAUCAAGGUUAAACCUUUUCACUCAGUCGAACUCCAGAGUUUUUGAAUCCCACAGUUUUAACAGCAUUCUCAAUCAGCCAACACGCUAUCAGCAAAUAAUGAAGAGACUGAUAAAGCGUUACGUUCUGAAAGCACAAGUGGACAAAGAAAAUGAUGAAGUCAAUGAAGUGGAAGAUCUUUUGAGAAACAAUGGAUCUGAGCUCCCUGGCAGAUGUGAGAGGUGCUUGCUGCAGUUGCACACCCUAACUCACCACUGGGAUGAGACUAUGGCAAAGGUUGUCCUCCUCCUUCCAACCUUCCAGGAAUGAAACACAGGCCUGCAGUCCAACAAGGAAACUCCUGUGCUCUGGCAGAUCCCCAAACAAAAACUCUAGCUAGAAUGUUAUCAAGCAAUAGAGUGAUGCAGGGAUGGACUGAAGAUGUUUUACUGGCAUGGCAGCAUCAGGCAGCUGUGUGCAUGUGUGAUGUAAGGGGCCUGAAAGGGCUGCUCAGCUCUCAGCUGAGGCAGCAAAGCUUCUGUUUUGCUCCCUAGUUGUUCUCUGCUUACCUAUAACUCUCUUCAGCAAGAAGCAGGGAGCGAAAAGGAUUAAAUUAAAUCCCCUUCAAAUGGCAGCAUUGUGCACUGACUGUUAUCCUGACACUUCCCCAUCCUGUGUGUCUGUACAGAGCUGUGAUUGUCAGUGACAAAAACAGAAAGGCUCCUGAAAGUGAAUCCUCUCAGUGUGCAGCUCUCCUGAAUUCCCACCGCUUUCUUCCUGUUCCUUCUCUGUGAUGUAGGAAAUCAUCUGCCUAGUGACUGAUGAAAAGACUGUUCUGUCACCAGCAGCGCCAGCCCUUUCCAGAUCCCUGAUGCCACUCUGGUGUUGGCAGAGAUGUGUUUAAAUUAGAAAGACAGUGCAGAAGAAUCAGGGUUUACUGACAUCAUGGUUCUGGCUUUGGCACCAGGUUUUGUAGAGGGAAGUCCACUUUGAGCAGGGCAAGUAACCCUUGAGUUCUUGAGUUUCACUCUUCAUCUGCACAGCUAAGUGUUCAGUGUCCUGAGCAUCUCAUUGGUACCCAAAGCACAGACCCAGCCUCUGAAGACACAAUUCUUGAAGUCUGCUAUGCCCUAAACAGAAAACAUUGGCAUUUCUAUGUACUAUAACUACUUAAGCAAAAAGUCUCGAGAUUUUCCCUGUUCUGCAUCACUAGAGAAUAUAAGUGUCUCUUCAUACUCCUUUCUUUCGUACAUGACAAAUAAUUUCCCUAGGCAGAUACUGUGUAAGAAUUCAUAUCCCUCACACUUGCUGGAAGAACAGUAUUUGAACAUUUUUGAAAGCUUUUGCUCUUCAACUGAAUAUCCUACAAGGGAGCACAUGCUGCUGCCUAUUACGAGCCUGGCUUAGACAACUGUCUUGUUUAAAUGUGUUUUUUGUAUUUGUGUCAAAUUAUAACAUCAUGUUAAAUUGGCUCACUUUUUCUAAUUCCAAGGAUGUUGGUAAGGAAGAGGAGAGACUCAAAAGCUGUGAGUUUUACUGCCAGCUCUGCCACACUUUUUCCUUGUGAUUUUGGCACACCCCUUCAGAAAAAAAAUCUUUUCCUUUUCUCUCUAAAAAGGGGAUACUAAUAUUUACCAGCUGUUCAGCAGUGUUGGUGUGAUUAAUUCAUUAACCUUUGUACAGCCCUUUGGGAAUCUUUGGUGUUGUGUGUACACAUGGAGCACAAUGCUCCAGUGGACUGUGAAAAUUCCUUUGGUGCUAUUUAGGGCUGGAGACACAUCUCACUGAGAAUGAAGACGAGGUAAAUCCUCCUGACCCAUCCUGUACCUGCUCUCAGGAACAUUUUGGGAUGAUAAUCUGAAAUAGGCACUGGUGUGACUUAACUGAAUGUUAAACUUUGCUAAAAAGUGUUUAUUUUCAUUAUUAAUGCAGGUGAAUUAAAGGAAAUCAAACAGGACAUCUCCAGUCUUCGCUAUGAACUGUUGGAGGAUAAGUCCCAAGCAACAGAAGAGUUGGCAAUUUUAAUACAUAAACUCAGUGAGAAACUAAAUCCUAAUAUGCUGAGAUGUGAAUGAC